CACCAUACCAUCCGGAAGUUGACAUUUUGCACUAUCAUAAACGAUUUCUUAAUAGUUAAUAUCAAGAGGGGGGUAUUUCAUAUUAUAUUUACGAUGGAGUGUUUGAUAGGGUUACAGGGAAAAGAUUUUAUACUUGUGGCAUCAGACACAAUGUCUGCAAGAAGUGUAGUGUCCAUGAAACAAGAUCAAGACAAAAUGUUUCCUCUAAGUGAUAAAUUGUUAAUGUUGGUAUGUGGAGAGUCAGGUGAUACAGCUCAGUUUGCUGAGUAUAUUGCUAAAAACAUUCAACUGUAUAAGAUGAGAAAUGGUUAUGAACUGUCUCCACAUGCAGCUGCCAACUUCACUAGAAAACAACUAGCAGAUGCCUUAAGAAGUCAGACACCCUACAAUGUAAACAUGUUACUAGCUGGCCAUGAUAAAGAAGAUGGUCCAAGUUUAUAUUAUAUGGAUUAUUUAGCAUCAUUAAAUAAAGUGCCAUUUGGUGUCCAUGGUUAUGGUGGUUUUUUCUCCUUAUCAGUUAUGGAUAGAUACUAUCAAAAAGAUAUGAAUCAAGAUGAAGCUAUGAAGUUAUUACAACAAUGUAUAGAUGAGUUAUCAAGAAGAUUUAUUGUGAAUUUACCCACAUUUAAUGUUCGAGUAGUGAACAAAGAUGGAAUUAAAAACCUAGGAAUUCUGAAGGCAAAACCGACAUCAUCUUAAGUGACUACAUAAACAUUAGUGCAGAUUAAAGUGCAUCAGUUGACAUUAAAAUCAUUCAUAUUAUAUGUUGAUUAUAUUCAUUUCUGGCAUCAAAUAAAGUGUUAAUGCUGUUCUC